AUGGUGCUUCCUAACUGUGCUGACCGGGGCUUAGCUCCACAGCCCCCUAAUCGGUGUCCCCAUGAGGACAUCGAGGCACAGAGGGAGACUGAUGCGGCCAUGGCCAUUGUCUCAGAGGACAACAUGGGUCACAGUUCCAACUCCACUUACAGACUGAUAAGUGACCAGCUCAGGGCUGACCAGGACCCUGUGCAGGAGAAGUUGCUGGACCGCCCCGCUCCACUCCUGCCGAGGCCCGAGGACCGCUUCAACGGUGCCUACCUCAUCUUCUUCAGCCUGGGCAUUGGUGGCCUACUGCCAUGGAGCUUCUUCAUCUCCGCCAAGGAGUACUGGGCAUUCAAACUCCGCAACUGCUCCAACCUGGCCUCUGGGAAGGACCCCGAGGACUCAGACAUCCUGAACUACUUUGAGAGCUACCUUGCCAUCGCCUCCAACGCACCCUCUUUGCUGUGCCUCUUAGCCAACUUCCUGCUUGUCAACAGGGUUCCAGUCCGUGUCCGCGUCCUGGCCUCGCUGGCCACCACGCUGGCCAUCUUCGUGGCGAUGGCCGUGCUGGCGAAAGUGGACACAUCCUCCUGGACCCGAGGCUUCUUUACUCUCACCGUCAUCUGCACGGCCAUCACCAGCGGCUCCUCCACGGUGCUCACCAGCAGUGUCUUUGGCCUGACGGGCCGCUUCCCCAUGAGGAACGCCCAGGCGCUGAUCUCAGGAGGAGCCAUGGGAGGGACCAUCAGCGCUGUGGCCUUGCUGGUGGACCUGGUGGCAUCCAGUGAUGUGAGGGACAGCGCCCUGGCCUUCUUUCUGACAGCUGCCGCAUUCAUAGGGCUGUGCAUGGGGCUCUACCUACUGCUACCCCGGCUGGAGUAUGCCAGGUACUACACAAGGUCUGCUUAUCCAUCCCGUGUGUUUUCUGGUGAAGAGGAGCUGUCACAGGACUCCCCCAGUUCCCCCUUGGUGGCUUCUGUUUCUCAAGAGUUGCAUAUUCCGCCCCUCCGGCCCAUCCUGAAGAAGACUGCUGGCCUGGGCUUCUGUGUCAUCUAUGUCUUCCUCAUCUCUGGUCUCAUCUUCCCUGCCAUCUCCACCAACAUUGAGUCCCUGCACAAGGACUCCGGCUCACCAUGGACCACCAAGUUCUUUGUGCCACUCACUGUCUUCCUCCUGUACAACUUUGCCGACCUGUGUGGCCGGCAGAUCACAGCCUGGAUCCAGGUGCCUGGCCCCAAAAGCAAGGUGCUCCCUGCGUUGGUGCUUCUGCGCACCUGCUUUGUCCCCCUCUUCGUGCUCUGUAACUACCAGCCCCGCCUCCAUCUGACCGUAGUGCUCUUCCAGUCUGACCUCUAUCCUAUGUUCUUCAUCUGCCUGCUGGGGCUCAGCCACGGCUACCUCAGCACCCUAGCUCUCAUCUAUGGGCCCAAGAUCGUGUCCCGAGACCUGGCCGAGGCCACUGGGGUGGUAAUGUCCUUCUACAUAAGCAUGGGCUUGAUGCUGGGCUCUGCGUGCUCAGCCCUUGUGGAACACCUCAUCUAGGAGCGGGGAGCAAGAACAUUGGUGCUGCACAAGACUCGGGCCCUGGGAGUUCGAUGGGCAGGGCGGCAGGGGCUCAAAUGCUAAGAGGGAGGUGCUGGCUCUUUACUUGGUGCAGAAAAUCACAUCCGGCCUCCCUCGCUCCUAGGAUGCUGGUGAGCUACAUCCUUGCCUGGCCUGUGCAAGGAGACACUGCACACACUUCCACAGGACACUCUGGAGCCACACAUGGACAGGGCAUCACCUUCAGAGCCAAUGAGUCACCUUGUGUGACUCCUGAGUUGUCACAGGGCCAGAAUUCACUGACCCUGUAAUCCACUGGCAUCUGUAAUCUCCAGCCUCACUCCUUCCAGCUGACACCAGGAAGGGAGCAAAUUCUCAGUCCUUCCUACUCUGAAGGGAACACCUGGAUUUGAAGUCCCCAUGAAAUGGCCAGUCCUCAGCCCCAAGACACACUUGCUCUAGUCGCUGUGCUCUGAGAGUGCCCACCAACCUGACGAGAAAGCCCAGAAAGAUGCUUCCCAAACCCUUCCUGGCCUCAGCUGGGGCGCUGAGGACCUCUUUGGGUCAGGGGACUGAGCAUGGCAGGCCUGGGUUUUCAAAUAGGGAUUGUGGAGCUUCGUGGUCUACAACCUGGGCCAGAGCAGUGGUCUUUGAAUGUUAGUGUUUACAGCCUGUCAAAGCCUUGGUUCAAGGACAUAUGAAUACUGGCCUUUCAGCAUGGCCUUAUUGGUGUCUAUCAGAUGUGGUCCUGGGAGGAAGCAGCACAUUAAGAUUGGAUAAUUUGGGGUGUAGGAGCAGGUAUAGGAACCCUGAGGGACUGAAGCCUUUCUACCCUAUGCCUGAAGGAGGGAGGAGAGCCAGUUCUAGAACCUGGAGAUGUGGCCUUGCUUGUAGGUACAUAUGCAGCCAGCUGUGACCUCAGGCAGGAGCCGAAGGCAGAUUCCCUCCAUUCUUCCCUCUUCCGUCUCCUCCAUGCCCCCGGGUACUGCAGGAGCCAGAAGAUGUCCAGCCCAGGAUCUCACCCAGUGGGGCCAGCUGACGCAUGCCAGUGGAGCUCCAACGCUUUGUGUGGCAGAACCCAGUGUUGCCACACUCUGGUUUGUCACUGGUGGCUGUGUGCUAACAUUGUUUCAGAAGAUGACCCCUCAGGCUCUGUGCUACCUAGAACACUGGCCCUUCACAUUUGUGAUGCCUGACACACAAAUGUGUGCCUCAGGCUGUCCCUUGGGGAGAGGGGCGGGCUUGGGGAUUCAAGAGACAGAACUUGAUCUGAAGAAAGCAGAGCUUGCCCCUAGAAAGUGGCCACCAGAGAGUUGUGAAUAAGUCCCCAUGAAUUGGGCUCCAUGUGGAGGGCUGAUUAAACUAGGAAGCCGUCAUAAUCCACCCAGUGGCAGCAGUUUAUGCUCUCCCUCCCCACCGU